CAGGCCCUUGUGCGGAAGUCCCGCCCCCACUUCCGGCGGCGGAGGAUGGGGAGGAGCCAGCGGGGGCUUCCGCCUUGCGCGGUGUGGUACCUUGGGCGCGUGUGUUGCCCCCUCCGGAUUCCUGCGUUACCUCUAUUCCUGGUCUUGCCGUAGCGUCGGGACUCCCUUCGUAUUUAAGGAUGAAGGCGAGAAGAAAUAAAAAACAGAUCCCAAGCUUUCGGAAGUUACUAAAAACUAGUAAAGUCAAACUUGAAAACAAGCUAAAAAAUAAGCAAUUUAAACAACAAAGCACUCUCAAGAAGUACCGAAAAGAACAGAGGAAACUAAGGCAAGCUGUAAAGGAUGCUGUGUCUAAGAAACCGAUCCCACUGGAGGACCCAAAGGAGAAAAGACCAGGUAAAAGAAUUGAGAGGGAAGAGGAGGAAGAAGAGGAAGCGCUUCCUUUGGAUAUGAUGGAUGAAGAUGACUUGCAGUUAAUGAGAGAGUUAGGACAAAGAGCCUCUUUUCUAACGAGAGAUCUUUCUUCUAGUGAACCUGUUCACGCCAAGAAACGAAAGUAUGAGCGUGUUAUAGAUAAAUAUGAAAAAAUACCAAGAACUCUGCAAACCGCACCAGAGAAGGAAAUGAUUCACUUGCUUCCCAUCAAGGAUAAAAGUGGUAUAAUCCCACAGACCAGGGAGAAGCCGGUUAUUGACAAUAACCAAGAUGAAGAGGAUCAAGAAGAGGUGGAACUUGAGGAAGAGAUUGUUGAAGAUCCCAUUCGAGAACUGACAUUAGAAGAACAUUUAAUUGAAAGAAGGAAGAAACUACAGGAGAAGAAAAUGCAUAUUGCAACUUUGGCAUCUGCCAUAUUAUCAGACCCAGAAACUAAUAUUAAAAAAUUAAAAGAACUGCGUUCUAUGCUGAUGGAACAGGAUCCUGAUGUGGCUGUUACUGUUCGAAAGCUGGUGAUAGUUUCCUUGAUGGAGUUAUUUAAAGACAUUACUCCUUCAUAUAAAAUACGACCCCUCACAGAAGCAGAAAAAUCCACCAAGAUCCGCAAAGAAACCCAAAAAUUAAGAGAAUUUGAAGAAGGCCUGGUUAGCCAAUAUAAAUUUUAUUUGGAAAAUCUGGAGCAAAUGGUUAAAGACUGGAAGCAAAGGAAACUGAAGAAAAGUAAUGUAGUUUCCUUAAAGGCCUACAAAGGACUGGCAGAAGUGGCUGUGAAGAGCCUGUGUGAGCUGUUGGUGUCACUACCUCAUUUCAACUUUCACAACAACAUCAUCGUAUUGAUUGUCCCUCUCAUGAAUGACGUGUCAAAGUCGAUCUCUGAAAUGUGUUGUGAGGCAGUAAAGAAAUUGUUUAAGCAAGAUAAAUUAGGCCAAGCUUCCCUUGGUGUGAUUAAAGUAAUUUCUGGUUUUGUGAAGGGCAGAAAUUAUGAAGUUAGGCCAGAGAUGUUAAAGACAUUCUUGUGCUUAAGAAUCAAGGAAUUAGAAGUGAAAAAAGAUACAGAGGACAUUAAUAAACCAAAAAAGUUCAUGACUUUCAAGGAAAAGAGAAAAACUCUAUCAAGAAUGCAGAGAAAGUGGAAGAAAGCAGAAGAGAAACUAGAGCGAGAGCUUCUGGAGGCAGAAGCUUCAGAGAGCACAGAGAGAAAACUUAAACUGCACACAGAGACUCUGAAUAUUGUGUUUGUAACCUACUUCAGAAUAUUGAAGAAGGCCCAGAGGUCACCUCUCCUGCCAGCAGUUCUAGAAGGCCUUGCCAAGUUUGCUCACCUUAUAAAUGUGGAGUUUUUUGAUGAUUUAUUAGUAGUACUUCAUACUCUCAUUGAGUCUGGUGACCUAAGCUAUCGAGAAAGCCUUCACUGUGUACAGACUGCUUUUCAUAUUCUUUCUGGGCAAGGUGAUGUUCUGAAUAUUGAUCCGAUGAAAUUCUAUACACAUCUAUAUAAAACACUGUUUAAGUUACAUGCAGGUGCUACCAAUGAAGAUGUUGAGAUUGUACUCCAGUGCCUUGAUGUCAUGCUAACUAAGCGCAGAAAGCAGGUUUCUCAGCAGAGAGCCCUUGCCUUCAUCAAGCGUCUUUGUACCCUUGCUCUUCACGUUCUUCCAAAUUCAAGCAUUGGCAUUUUAGCAACCAACAGAAUAUUAAUGCACACUUUCCCAAAAACAGAUCUAUUACUUGACAACGAAUCUCAGGGCAGUGGGGUUUUCCUUCCUGAGUUGGAUGAGCCCGAGUACUGUAAUGCUCAGAACACUGCGCUUUGGGAAUUGCAUGCACUGCAGAGACAUUACCAUCCCAUUGUGCGGAGAUUUGCGGCCCACCUGAUGGCCGGAGCCCCCUCUGAAGGCUCGGCAGCGCUCAAGCCAGAGUUGAGCCGGAGAUCUGCUGCAGAACUCUUUGAGACAUACAGCAUGGCUGCAAUGACAUUCAAUCCUCCCGUUGAAUCUUCAAGUUCCAAAAGAAAGAAUGAAGUUUUACAAGGGGAUUCAUUUUUGAAUGAAGAUUUAAAUCAACUAAUCAAAAGACAUUGCAGUGAAGCAGCUACUCACUUCCCUCUGGAUUUCACCAAAUAUUUGAAAACAUCACUACGGUAGAAGAGUGAAGUGAGAUUUGUCUUCAAAUAGAACCACUGAUGCUUCUAAUCCAUAAGCAAUAUCAAGAAAGCUAUGUAUAAUAAAUACAAAAUAAAUAAAUUCGAACACCAACUCAGUCUA